AUGAAGAAUUUAACUAAUUAUAGCUCUUUUUUCAAGUUUUUUUAUAGAAUAAAGUCCUUUAAAAAUCACAUUUCGAUACCUCUGAGCAUUAGAUGGAAAGGAGUUACAAAAGCAAUAAACACUAAUUCUAUCGAAAGCGUUGAAUAAUUUGAGAAAGAAUCAUACAAAGAUCUUUGUGUCCCUUUUUAUAAAUUCGAUUCUCCUUCUCUCUUCUAUGAUUGGGCUCUUUCAACUGAUGAAUAAGUAGGAGGGGAAUCUAUUGGAACUCUUGCAUUUAAUGAAGAAGAAAAAUAUGCUGAAGUAAAAGGAAAGCUAGUAGAAGAAAGAAAUAAUUUGCUUUAAUAAAGAAUGUAUGUAGGUUUAGCAUGUGAAUUCUCAUCCAGAAUUAAUUUGAAAAAUUACAAUGGAAUCAGAAUGCAAAUAAAAACAGAUGGAAAUUUAUAUAAAACCCACAUCACUUGUAGUUCAGAUUAUGACUUGCUUCAUGAUGCUUAUGCUUUCACUAUCGAUAAUACAAAUGAAUGGUAAACUGUUGAAAUUCCUUUUUCAAGAUUUUUAGUAGAGAAACUAAAGGGACAAGAUUCAUCUAAAUUUAUGCAGAAUUUCAUUUACGAUAAGUUUAUUUUGAAAGGAUUUUCAAUUGUAAUAGAAUCAGAAGAAGAGAAAUAGUUUUAGUUUUAAAUUAAAUCCAUAGACAUGAUAUACAGACAUGAUUUUAACUAAGUCCUUGCUAAAUACAAAAGACCUUUUUUCUUUAAAACUCAAGAAAGCUAUAACUAACUCUAAUAUUUAGAUGUGGGGGACUCUGUCCUGGAAUUAAGAAGCGAAAGUAAUUUUGCUAAUAUGCAAAAAACUACAGUAAAUGAGGUUAUGAAUCCAAAAGAAGUCAAGCAGUUUGUUUCUUUCAAGGAUAAAAUUAAUUAAAAGAAUUAAAACUAACAAAGUUGA